AUGCAACUCUCCGACCAGCUUCAAACUAGCAUCAAAGACCUGGGCGCCGCCAUUGAGGUCAUCGCCGAAAACGCUCGGCACGGAGAUUCAGCUGCUGGUCUCUCGGACGAUGCCGAGACUUGGCGCUCGACUUCUCCGACGGGGCCUACGGGCAACCACGCGGCCUCGCCGGAGGACGUUCGUCGGGCCAGGCGGAGCGCCGUCUGUCUCGCUCACCGACUGCUUACCCUUCUCACCGAGCCGGCUGAGUUUAUCCAGGAUCUUGCCAGGCAGAACCAACUUCUUGCCUGUCUUCACUGGCUCGGCGAAUUCCAGGUACUGGCCUGCAUCCCACUCACGGGGUGCGUGCCGAUGAAGGACGUGGCCGAUCUGGCCGGGGUGCCCGCGACGCAGUUGUUUCGGACUAUCCGCUUCACCGCGACGGCGGGCUUCUUGUGUGAGCCUGAGCCGGGCCACGUUGCCCACACGCCGCUGUCCGCUCCCUUCGUGGCCGAGCUGUCGUACCUAGACGCUGCUAUGUUUCUUGCCGAGACGGCCGCCCCGGCCGCACUCCGCAUGGCCGCGGCCACUCGGAGGUUCGGGGAUACUGCGUCUCAGCCGGCCGAGACGGCGUACGGACUGGCGUUUGAUGCCGGCCCCCGUGGCUUCCAGGGCGCGCUUGAGCAGAGGACCAAGCUCCAGCGUCAGUGGCCGGCGUUUGCUGGUCAUCUGGUUGCGAUGGAGGAUAGCAUUUCCGAGCUGCUCGGUAAGCUGGAUUGGACGAGCCUUGGCAGUUCGUGCAUUGUCGAUAUAUCUGGCGACAACGCUGGUGUGGCCAUGGCCACCGCCCUGGCCGAGAACUACCCCUCACUGCGCUUCGUCGUGCAAGUCAACAACACCAAUAACAAUAGCAACGAUCACACCCUCUCUUCAUCCACAUCCACACCUCCCAGUCCCCACAUCACAAUCCACCCCCGAGUUCCUGGCACGCUCCAACCCAUCACCACGGGCGCGGUCUACAUCCUCCGUCUGGCGCCGGCCCUGCUGCACUGGCGUGUGCGCGUGAAACGCGAACUCGCCGCGCACUGGGCCGUCCUCCGUGGCAAUCCUGCCGCGACCUUGCUGCUGAUCGCGCCGUUGCUGCUGCUGCCCGAGUCCGAGCCCGAGCGGGCUGAGGCUGACGAACGAUUGGGGAGUGCCGGGCCCGGGUUCGGAGGCGGGGCAACGGCCGGAGGCCGAGGGACGACCGAGGCCGGUGGUGGUGGGUGUGUUGAAGGCGCGGCGCGUGUGCGAGACCUGGUCUUGUUGCAGUUGGUGGGGGGGGAUGAGGAAGGGGUAGUGGGGAUGCGGGAGCUGGUGCAAUUGGUGAGGAGUGUUAAUGGGAAUGGUGUGAAUGGUGUGAGCGGUGUGAACGGUGGCGGUGGCGUUGACGGAGGGUGCUUGGCGGUGGUCAAGAAGUUGCGGUUGAAAGACAGUGCGACGGUGGCGCUGGGAAUCCGAUACCAGCCCGAUCAAGCGGGCCAUGAUUGA